AAAACCCAAACACAAAAGACAAAAACCUCGAUGCUUUUAUAGGCAUUAAGUCAGCAUAAGUCAAGUUCCAUUCUUUCAGCAUCAUCCCAACGCGACGAGGCGAGUCAACACGUCAACGAGUCAGCGAGUCAAGUGAGCUCAAGAAGAUUCAAAUGAAAUUAUCGCCUUUUCGCGUUGCUGUCAUAUGUAGUUGUAGUGUUCGUAUGUGGAUCGUCAUUUUAAAGUCGAGCGCGAGGCUUUACAAGCCAUAACCUGAACGAGAUUCAGUUCAGUUCGUUGUUGAACUUCGCACAGAUCGUAACGUGGUUUUGAUUAGUACCUACCUACCUCUAACGACGAGUUGCCAGCAACAAAAAGCAACAAAAAGCAACAAUUUUUUGGGCCAAACCUGACUCUAUCUUGUCUAUAGAUGGAAGAUACCAUUUGAGAAGUAGUGAAGACGACUCUUCCCAACUUAUUUAUCGACACACACAUGUUUUUGUGGUAGCACGAGCAAUAGCAACGCCAACAGCAACAGCAACAGCAACAGCAACAACAUAAAUCAUUUUUAAUGGGUCCAAUAUUAAAUUUUUUGGAAUAUUCGACGAGCUCCUCCACACAAAACAACGGUAAAAUGGUCGAAACGGAAAUUGUGGUUACGAGCUCAUCGGAGCCAGUGACGAAGGCCAGUUUGAUAGUGGUCUCGAAUCGUCUGCCAUUUGUGCUGAGUCGUGAUGCCAAAACUGAGAAAUUGGAACGAAAAGCGAGCGCUGGCGGACUUGUAACGGCUGUUUGUCCUGUUGUGAUAAAGGGUAAAGGCCUGUGGGUCGGUUGGCCCGGCAUACAUCUCUCCGAUCCGAAUGAACCCAUACCCGAGUCGAAUCCAACUGAUCAGACGCCCACAGCUGGCUUGAAAUCGGAUCAGGUCGUUUCCGUCAACAUCGAUGCCUCGAUUUUCGAUAGCUACUACAAUGGCUGCUGCAAUAAGAUAUUCUGGCCCCUCUUCCACUCCAUGCCCGGUCGUGCGACCUUCGGCGCCGAUCACUGGCAUAACUAUGUAACGGUAAAUAAGCAUUUCGCCGCACGUACCAUUGAGGCGCUCGAGAAAUGUUUGGAACAAAACAAGGCAUUGGAUAACAACACACCGCCAAUUGUGUGGAUACACGAUUACCAUUUGAUGCUGGCGGCCAAUUGGAUACGCGAGAAGGCCGAGGAGAAACAGCUACCCUGCCGAUUAGCCUUCUUCCUUCACAUUCCCUUCCCGCCAUGGGACAUUUUCCGUUUAUUCCCCUGGGCCGAUGAAAUUCUUCAAGGCAUGUUGGGCUGUGAUAUGGUGGGUUUCCACAUUCAAGACUAUUGUCUGAAUUUCGUCGAUUGCUGUCAGCGCAAUUUGGGUUGUCGUGUCGAUCGCAAUAAUCUGCUGGUCGAACACGGUGGUCGCACUGUGCGUAUACGUCCACUCCCGAUUGGUAUACCAUAUGAGCGUUUCGUGACGUUGGCAAAGAAUGCCGGUAAACUGUUACGUAGCGACAAACAAAAGGUCAUUUUGGGCGUUGAUCGGUUAGACUAUACGAAGGGUUUGGUGCACCGGUUGAUGGCAUUUGAAAAGUUAUUGGAGAAGUACCCGCAGCAUAAGGAGAAGGUGAGCUUGCUACAGAUUUCCGUGCCCUCGCGUACUGACGUCAAGGAGUACAGAGAAUUGAAGGAGGAAGUAGAUCAGCUAAUUGGACGUAUUAAUGGGCGCUUUACCACAGCCAACUGGGCGCCCAUACGCUAUAUAUACGAUUAUGUGGCGCAAGACGACUUAGCUGCGUUGUAUCGGGAUGCCGCGGUGUGUCUUGUGACACCGCUACGUGACGGCAUGAACUUGGUUGCCAAAGAAUUUGUCGCCUGCCAAAUCAAUGAAAGUCCCGGCGUUUUGGUUAUCUCACCAUUCGCUGGCGCCGGCGAAAUGAUGCACGAAGCAUUGUUGUGUAACCCGUAUGAAGUGCACGCCGCCGCUGAGGUUAUUCACCGUGCACUGACGAUGCCAGAAGACGAACGUGUCUUGCGUAUGAGCCGUUUACGUAGACGUGAGUCUGAAUGUGAUGUCAGCAACUGGAUGCGUUCGUUCUUGAAAGCGAUGGGCACAUUAGAUGUAGACGAUGUCGGUACAACCAUCAUGCAACCCGUCACAGUGGACGAUUUCGAUGACUAUCUACUCAAGUACAUCGGUUACAACCACAAAUUGGCACUGUUGUUGGAUUACGACGGUACUCUGGCCCCGAUAGCUCCCCAUCCAGAUCUGGCCACACUCUCGCCGGAAAUUAAAAAUGUGCUCUUUAAACUUUCAAAUCAUUCCGAUGUCUAUGUGGCUGUCAUAUCUGGUCGUAAUGUGGACAAUGUGAAGCGAAUGGUUGGCAUUGAGGGUAUCACGUAUGCUGGUAAUCAUGGUCUGGAAAUUCUCCAUCCGGAUGGCAGUAAAUUCGUACAUCCCAUGCCGAUUGAGUUUGAGGACAAAGUCAGUCAUUUGCUGAAGGCUCUGCAGGACUCGGUCUGUCGCGAUGGCGCAUGGGUAGAGAACAAAGGUGCACUGCUCACAUUCCAUUAUCGCGAAACACCAACUGAACUGCGUCCGGCGAUGAUCGAGAAGGCACGUAGUCUUAUCAUCAAGUAUGGCUUCAAAGCUACGGAAGCAAAUUGUGCGCUUGAAGCACGUCCACCAGUACAAUGGAACAAAGGUCGAGCAUCUAUUUAUAUUCUACGUACAUCGUUUGGUGUCGAUUGGAGUGAACGUAUUAAGAUUAUCUACGUUGGUGAUGAUCUGACAGAUGAAGAUGCCAUGGUGGCUCUCAAAGGUAUGGCGCGUACAUUCCGUGUCACCUCAUCGGAUAUUGUGCGCACUGCAGCCGAUCAUCGUUUGCCCUCAACUGACUCCGUCUACACGCUACUCAAAUGGGUUGAACGACACUUCAUGGGUCGUAAGGCGCGCGCUAAUUCAUUGACUUAUCGCAAUCGUCGCGAGGAUGGUGUACGUACACAGAUGUCAUUGGAAAUCGCCACGAAUUCGAAUAACAGUCUCGAUGUGGAGCAUGUGUAGUCGCCGUGAGCCGCAAUUCGAGUAGACGGGAAGUCGUAUGUCGAGUGUCGAAUGCGGAGGAGUUGCUGGAUUUGUAUAUUUUUAACUUCGCUCUUUCCCCUUUUGACAUUCGCAGAGGUGCAGAGCGAAACUUUGUCUUUUUAUAGUCAAAGUUUUGUUUAGUUAUUAGUGGACAAUAUUCAUAAUUUAAUUACUAUAUAUGUAUGUACAAUAUAUGUAUGUAUAUGUGUAUGAUUUUACGUAUUUCUAAGCUAAGAAUUUAUAUGUGAAUGCAAUUUUAAAUACAAAAAAAAUAUAUAUAUAUAAUAAUAUUUGUAAAUAUA